GUUGAUUCUAUAUCCUAACACUGCACUGUGUGCUGCUGAUGGCAUGGUGCACAGGGUCCCCCUCCUCACAUCUGCACUGUGUGUCAACCUCUGUGCAUUGCCAUGGUAAAUGGUCUGCUGUAUCUGCUGUCAGGGCACUGUGUUUACAAUUGCCAUGGUCUAUGCAGCUGUCAUUCCUUCCGUGCCUCUGGCCAAUGGUAUAACUGCAGCGCCUGACUUACCGCCUGCAGAAUGAGUCGGUCCCUGGAGGAAGUGGCGGCAACUCUGCAAGUAGCCAAACUGAAUGUGGAGGAGCUGCGCAGCACGUUGCAGUGUCUGACGUUCAGCGAUACCUUCACGUCCGGUGAUUACAGCCUCCUGGAGCUGGAUGACGCGCUCUGUAAGGAGAUAGAGGCUGGCGGCAGCCUUGUGAUUCGCGGUGACAAAAGUGACCACGUUGUCGUCUGUAGUCAAGACAAAACCUAUGACAUGAAAAUCGCAGAUACCUCCAACAUGCUGCUAUUUAUCCCAGACGGUAAAACUCCCGACCAGUUGCCUUCCGACCAGCAACAGCUCAGUGUUACUCACUGCAAGGUUGCUGGCUUCUCUAGUCACUACUGGGAGCUGAAAAGGUGCAGGCCUAAACUAAGGAACCUAAAGAAACUUCUACUAGAAAACCCUUAUGAAGGACCAGAGAAUGAGCGAGACACAAGCCAGAACAUUCAGCUGUACAAAACUGAGGACCUGCUCAGCUUGAUUCAAGCAAGCUACGAAGAAUUAUUGGAACACCUGAAAGUCAUACAUGCCUGCAGUAUUAAUGGAUUUUGGAGACUUCUGGACUUUGAUUAUGAAAUGAAGCUUCUGAAUCACAUCAGCCAGUUAAUGGACUCCGAGUCGUGGUCCUUCAGCCGGGUACCUCUGAAAGUUUGUCUGGACGAGCUUCGGCCUCUUGAGCCUGAAGAGAUGAUUCAGCACUGUCUGGAUUGCUAUGGGAAGAAGUUCACUGAGGAUGACGAGGUGCUCUACGCAUUAGAUGAAGACAAGAUCUGCAGCGCCACCGCUCAGAUGCUGCUGCAGAACGCGGUGAAGUUUAAUCUGUCCGAGUUCCAGGAAGUUUGGCAGCAAAGUGUUCCUGAGGGUAUGACGGCCAGGCUGGACCAGCUGAAAGGACUUGCUUUGGUGGACCGAACUUCCCGGCCGGAGACCAUCUUUCUUCUGAAGACGGAGGACUUACCCGAGGACACCCAGGAGCGUUUCAACGCAUUGUUCAGUAUGAGAGCCAAAUGGACGGAGGUGGAUAUUUCACCGUACAUCAAGGACCUGUGUGCGGAGAAGCAAACCAUCGGGGCUUUGUUGACUAAAUACGCAAGAUCUUCUGUUCAGAAUGGCGUCAAAUUAUUUAAUUCUAGGCGGCCACUUACCUAGCACCACACUCAUGUAUUCUGUGUAGUGUACAUACGUGUGUUUUCCCUUUUAUAAACUGUAUUAUAAUAAUAA